GCCCAAGUGUCUUGAAAAUCACUGAACAUUUAUUUCAGAUCACGUAAAGAUAAGAUAUAUUUUUUUUUUUUUUUUAAGCAAAAAAGUUUGCUCUUUUUGCUUUUGUUAUGGCCAGGAGGAGGUCCAAAAGAGCCGGAUCAAAAUCAGCGGAUGGUCACUCUGUAAGCGGGUUUGGCUGCCUUUCAUGUGUCCGGGGGCCUGACCUUGCAGAAAAUCAAACUAAUGGUAUGGCUACGAUCGUUUCCGAGAAUAGCAAUGGCGGGAAGGAUAUGUGGGAUGCCUCUGCGGCCGACCGACGGGAACCGGAAGUCGGCGCUGGUGGAGAAUUCCCCGAUCAUCUGGUUAUCAUGGUGAAUGGCAUCAUUGGCAGUGCAGACAACUGGAGGUAUGCUGCUAGUCAAUUUGUAAAGAAGCUUCCUGACAAAGUUUUUGUCCAUUGCAGUGAGCGGAAUGCAUCAACAUUGACUUUUGAUGGGGUUGAUCGGAUGGGUGUUCGUUUAGCUGAAGAAGUUAAGUCAAUCAUAGAGAAUAAACCUGGACUUAAAAAGAUAUCAUUUGUUGCUCACUCUCUGGGUGGCUUGGUAGCAAGGUAUGCUAUUGGGAUACUAUAUGAGCCACCUUUGCAAAGUGAUUAUGGAGUGCAAAACGGUGGUGAUUCAGAUUUAAUUGAUUCCAACGCCAAUCAUAAUGUGAAAGAAGAGUUGAAGGGUAAAAUUGCUGGUUUGGAGCCUAUAAAUUUUAUAACUUUUGCAACACCUCACCUGGGGUCCAGGGGACAUAAGCAGCUUCCGUUACUUUGUGGUAUUCGUGUUUUGGAAAAUGCUGCAACUUACAGCGCACACUGGUUUGUUGGAAGAACUGGCAAACAUCUUUUUCUUAGAGAUAAUGAUGAUGGAAAACUUCCACUUUUGCGUCGAAUGGUGACUGAUUAUGGUGACCUACGUUUCAUGUCUGCUUUGCGUUCAUUCAAAAGGCGUGUUGCCUAUGCAAAUGUGAGGUAUGACCAUAUGGUGGGCUGGCGGACUUCUUCAAUUCGACGCCAAAGUGAAUUGCCCGAGCUGCGCAAGGUUCCUAUAAAUGAGAAGUAUCGACACAUCAUUAAUGUAGAGAAUGGGGAUUGUGCUAAGAAUACUCCAAGAGUAUCUGCACGAAAAGAUGAUCAUGUCACAGAUGCAAUUGAAGAGGAAAUGAUUGCAUGUCUUACUCAAGUACCAUGGGAAAGAGUUGAUGUAUCUUUCUACAGAAGCAGGCAACGGUUCCUUGCUCACAGUACAAUUCAGGUAAAAUGGUACUGGAUGCAAUCAGAAGGUGCUCAUGUAAUAUGUCAUAUGAUCGAUAAUUUUGUCAUCUAAUUUUUCCAGGGGCGUAAAGGUUUUCUAUCUCAUAGAACCUUUAAAAUUUUUCUCUUUCCUUCCAAGAUCAGAUGAAUUUACCUACCAUUUUAUGAAGACCGUUAACUACUUAUGGGAAUCUUCUACUUGUCGAAGAAGGAAAUGUGUAGCAUUGAAGAGAACAGCUGGUGCCUUUACUUUGUUAUAAGCCACAUCUUUUGUGGCUUGUAUUUUGUCCUCAUUUGGUUGAUUUGAUCUCGUUCCUUCAUUUCUUGGUAUAGCUCUCCUUAAUGUUGAAAAUCAACCGGUUCUUGGUGCCGUGGCAACAGCCUCACAACUGUAAUCUAUUGCAUCUGCAGAAUUAAUUUUAUCAUCGAUCAUGUGUAUUUUUGACUUUUCCAAACAAUUCUACAUUUAGAUGUGAAGAUAAAAUAAUGAAUUUUAAAAUGAAAAUCUGCAUUAAUUUCCUUCCAA